ACCAGUUGCUUAAAAAUAAUGACAGAGUUUGUUACAAAUACAUUACAAAUCCACUUCAAAAUGCUUGACAGCUUUCAUUUGUAUAGUACAUACUGAUUAAUAAAACUGCUAUUUCAUUUUAGUAACAUUGAAUGAAUAUGUAAUAAAACUUUUGAUUAUGCAUAUUAUACUAUUGUUGUACUUUCUUGCCCUAGUUUGAAUGUGUUUUUCCUCAUCUGAUUCCAUGUCAUUGUGACAUCACAGUCUUGAUGAUUAUGUUACUCUUUGCCCGGCUACAGCAGACAGCAUCUUAAAAACCGAACAGCAGCCAGUGAGUGUCAAGUUCUUCUCUGCCACAAUGUUUAUUUACAUUAAACAUGGAGAUAAUAACCAGUUCCUAGUUAACACCAACUGUCCAACUGUUGUCCUCAUGGAAUGCAUAAAAACCAGGUUGGGACUUGCUGAGUCAGAGCUUAUAGACCUGUGUGAUGAACGAGGAGUGCUGAAAUUUCUCUUCCUGCCCCAGAAUUCACAGGAAUCUGCUCGUGGACUGCUAAAAGUUAAAGAGUCAUUCAUUGUUUGCAUUAUUAAGCGUUCAUCUGAUGGGGCUUAUAACUCUGUCACAUCACUGUUAUCCGGGGUUGACCCUGCUAUAAUAGAGACCCUGCAGACUCAGAUUGACAAUCUUGAGAAAACUCGUCUGAAGCAGCUUCAUAUUGUGGAGACUCGUAUGGCUACAUCAGAGGAAAUCAAUGCUCAGGCUCUGUCCACUAAAACUACUAAAAAGCGCAAGAAAGUUACACAUGCAAAUGCCCCUGAUGAAGAAGUCCAGCGCCACACAGGGGACAGGAAGAGUAGGAACUGAACAAAAGCCCUCACAUUCGAGCAUUCAGCAUUCAUACUCAUUCUUAAUGAUGAGUCCCAGUUUAAUUCAUUCAAAUUACAGACAUGUUCAUCAGAAAUGCUGUAUUAUUUUUUAAAACUAUUUAUCUUUUUACUUGGUGAUUCAAGUUGCUACAUUGAUUUUAUAACAAAUAAAACUCAGGGACUAUAUCUUCCAGAAGAAUGGAAAACACAUAGGAAGGAAUUUAAUAAAGCAAUGUUUCAAUGCAAAUGUAUGUCCUCUAUCCAUCUAUCCAUCUAUCUAUCUAUCUAUCUAUCCAUC